AUGAAGGGCGUUGAAAGGAAUGAUGCACAAAAAAAUGACUCGUCAUUUUUGGUUGAUCUUUUUUGUCAAUUAGUUUUCUUUCGUCUUGUUUUCCUUCAUUUUUUUUCUGUAUUUGUUUUAUAUGCCAUUAUUUCUUUUUUUUCUUUCGUUCUUUUCUUUUCCUCAUUCAGUCGUCUUUCUUCUAUAUUUCUCUCUUUCUAUAUUAUAUCUUCUUCCUUUCUUUUCUUUGGCACCACUUUCUCUCCCUUUCUUUCUUUCUUGCUUUCUUUCCGUUGUUUCUUCUUUCUCUCGAAGUUUUCUUCACAUUUCUCUUUCUUAAUUCCUCUUUCUUCUUUUAUUUUCUCUUACUUUCUUUCGUUCCUCAAAUUCCCUUUAUUCUUUUCCCUCCCAUUCUUUCUUUCUUUCUUUCUUUCUUUCUUUCUUUCUUCUAUCUCUCGUUUCGUUCUUUCUUCUUCUUAUCUCUUUGUAAUAUCUCACUUCUUUUCUUUCCCAUUCUACCCAUCAUUUUUAUACCACAUUUCCUUUUCCCCUUUCUUCGUCUUUCAUUUUCAUUUCGUCUUUGUCAUUCAACACAAUGAAUGUUUGUUCUCCUUUUUUCAUUCUUUCUUUCUCCUUAUACUUCAUUUUUUCUUUCAUUUGUUCAUAUCUAUCUAUCUAUCUAUCUAUCUAUCUAUCUAUCGAUCGAACUAUGUCAGUUUGUUCACAUCUAUUUCAGUUUGUAUCUAUCUAUCUAUCUAUCUAUCGAUCGAUCGAACUAUGUCAGUUUGUUCAUACCUUUCUUUCUAUAUCAGUUUGUUCAUAUCUAUCUAUCGGUCUAUGUUCAUUUCCGUCUAUCCCUCUCUAUCACUGUCUGUCUGUCUAUCUAUCUAUCUAUCUAUGACAGUUUGUUCAUAUCUAUCUAUCGGUCUAUGUUCAUUUCCGUCUAUCCCUCUCUAUCAGUUUGUUCAUUUCUAUUUAUCUAUCUAUUUAUCUAGCUGUCUGUCUGUCUAUCUAUCUAUCUAUCUAUCUAUGACAGUUUGUUCAUAUCUAUCUAUCGGUCUAUGUUCAUUUCCGUCUAUCCCUCUCUAUCAGUUUAUUCAUUUCUAUUUAUCUAUUUAUCUAGCUGUCUGUCUGUCUGUCUAUCUAUCUAUGUAUGACAGUUUGUUCAUAUCUAUCUAUCGCUGUCUGUCUGUCUAUCUAUCUAUCUAUCUAUCUAUGACAGUUUGUUCAUAUCUAUCUAUCGGUCUAUGUUCAUUUCCGUCUAUCCCUCUCUAUCAGUUUAUUCAUUUCUAUUUAUCUAUUUAUCUAUCUGUCUGUCUGUCUGUCUAUCUAUCUAUGUAUGACAGUUUGUUCAUAUCUAUCUAUCGGUCGAUGUUCAUUUCCGUCUAUCCCCCUUCUAUCAGUUUGUUCAUUUCUAUUUAUCUAUCUAUUUAUCUAGCUGUCUGUCUGUCUAUCUAUCUAUCUAUCUAUCUAUCUAUGACAGUUUGUUCAUAUCUAUCUAUCGAUUUCAGUUUGUAA